AAGACUCCAGACUCGGGGAGCAUAAAAAAACCAAGCUGCUGCUGCUGCUUCAUGAACUUUUAAACUGCGUCUGUUUUUUCAGUUGAGUUGACCUCUGCUGCCAGCAUGGAGAAGAAGAUGCAACUAUGCAUAACUGUACUUCAAAUUCUUGCUGUGUUCUCCCUGCCGGGAGCGUGGGCUCAGAGCGGCGGCAGCAGCAGCAGCAGCAGCAGCAGGCUUGGUGUGGUGGUGGAGGCCAAGAACAUCACUCUCCCAGCCGGCUCCCAGGCUGUCCUUCCCUGCCACAGCACACGCAUGGUGUGGACACGGGACAGACUCAAGGACCGGCAGAGGGUCGUGCACUGGGACUUGCUUCGAACCACCCCAGAAUAUUUCGUGGAGAGGAUCCUGGACAUGUCUCCAGGAGCCCGCUUGAGGGUGUACAACGGCUUCAACAAGGGCCGCGUUUCCAUCCCAGACUCUGCCUUCACUGAUGGAAACUUCUCACUUGUCAUCAACAAUGUGUUACAGACCGACAAAGGUGUUUACACCUGCAAUUUGCAUCACCAUUACUGCCAAAUUCACCAGUCCAUUCAAAUCCAGCUCAACGUCACCAAAUCAGCUCGGAAGGAGAAGCGCUACUGGGAUGGGGAGAAGACUGUGUACGUGGUCUUGUUGGGCAGCUCUGUGGUGCUUCCUUGCGUAAACCGCCGCCCGCUGUGGAGAGAGGGCCUGCAGGAGGACCAGCAGCAGGUGGCCCACUGGGACUUCCAGCCGCCUGGUGUGCGUCCAGACAGGGCUGACCGCCUGGUCGAUCUGUACGGCUCUGGGGAGCGAAGGGAUUACGGACCUCUCUUUUCACAGAAGAUGAGUGUGCCCGAAGAUGCUUUCACCUUCGGCGACUUCUCACUGCAAAUCUCUGACUUGAAGCCUGUCGACAAAGGCCUUUACUCCUGCCAUCUGCACCACCACUACUGUGGUCUGCACGAGAGGCGCAUCUUUAGACUCACCGUGGGGCCUCCCCUUCCUCUCGCCCCAACCGAAACUCCAGACGUUAUCCAGAACAACAACGUUGAACCAAGUACUGAGGAGGUGUUGCUCCCCAGGGAGAGUCCACACGUCCUGAACGUCUUCCUGCCUGAACAUCAAGGUCACUUCGUGCAGUAUUUGGGAUACAUCUUGGCAACAUUCUUGCUGCUAAUUUUCAUAGUCGUCGUUGUGAUUGUGCUGACCAGGAGACGCAAAAAGAGAGAUCUGGAGUGUGAGCUGUCAAGAUCUGUUAGAGGAACUGUGACUGAAGGAGGGGAAAUAGCUUUAGACUACUCAGAGAUGAAGAGCUACAAUCAAGAUCCCAUGAAUUCAGACUACAAAAACAACCUACUGAAAGAAAAAGAUAUGGCCAAAGACUGCAAUAAGGAUUUCGAUGGGAAGAUGUGGAAAUAGAAGUGCAAUAUUUCUAACAUGCUGCUGGCAGGUCCAGAGCAAAAACCAGAGGAGAAAAUGACGGUGGAGGAAAAAAUGAAAGGAACACCAGGAAAUAAAAGGCGAUCCAUAACAGGACAGGAGGAAUGCUCCCUCUGCUGUAAUCCAACCGCGAGACUUUUCCCUUAAUGGCGUCGCCUGCUCCUUCUUUUUUUAUUUCACAUUUAUAAUAGCAUAACGACAUGCUUUCAUAUACAUGUUAUUGUUGUAUUUUUUGCAUUCAUUAUGUGGUUAAAAAGACACGAAUCUUCCAUUUAUUUUUACUUUAUGAUGCUCACAUUGUUUCUUUUGGCUUUGAGGACACUUCCAGGGUACCAAGCUCAUUUCCCUCCUUUUUUCAUUGUACUGUAAUAUGCAAGAGGCAUUUUUCAGAGUUUUAUUUACUGUAUGUUAACAUUUUCAGGAUAUUUCUAACUGUUGAAAAAUAGAACCUGCUUUUAUUUUGUUUCUAAGAUUUUUUUUCUUCUUGUUUUUAAUAUUUGUUCCUAUUAGCAUCAAAUUCAUAACAUGAAAUAAAAAAAAGGUAAUUUUUCAGGUGUUAAUGAACUAAUGACUUUACCUGCUGAAGCUCAGGAAUGUUGCUCCCCCUUCAGGGGUUGGCAACAGCGAAUCAGCUUGCACUGAUUCGCACAUUUGAUUUGGCAGAGAGUUUUUAACACCUGAUGGCCUUCCUGACACAGCCCUGUAUUUUAUCCGGACUGGGUACCAGCACAGAGAGACCCAGACUUGGGCCCUCUUGUGGCUACUAACAAUACUCUAACACUGAAUUUUUAAGCAAUAUUCCACUCCAAAACUGCAUACUUGCUACAAACAUGUAAUUCUGUCAUGUAUGAGAAAGUUUUGUGUCUUUAACAUAAAAUUGUAGCUCGCUUUUGUCACAAUACUUCUUUGAUUUAGUGACUGGAUGAAUAUGGAGUAGAAUAAAUAAA